AUGGAUGGUGCAAAGCAACCCAGACCGAUGAGAACGGAUCCAAGUCAGAGAAAUAUGAAUUUAUUUUGUGAUUAUCAUGGAACUCAUGGUCAUCGUACAGUCGAUUACCGACACCUCAAGGAUGAGGUCGCUCGACAAUUGAAAGAUGGGUAUUUAAGGGAAUUCCUAAGUAAUAGGGCUAAAGAUAACUACGGAAAACACAGGGACUCAGUUAAGCAAGAACCACAGGUUGAGCCUCUUCAUGUUAUUAACAUGAUAAUUGAUGAGCCUGGACAAUCUAAAGCAAUACCAGAAAGGAAACAAUUGCCCCUUCGGAUCGAAAAUCGGAAAGAAAGAUGA